UUUCCCUCUCAUUAGCUUCGCUUUCUUGAGAAAAUAUACACCAAAGAAAUCAGUUCUUGUUCCCUCUCUUAGAUCUCUCUCACGAUAUCUACCUUCCUCUCUCUUCUCAUCAACUCCAUUUCCCGCACUCCUUCUCCUCUUCCCCUCUCUUUCCCACAUAUUUUCUCAUCUGAAAAUCGCCCACGGUCAUACCCUCCUCCAUACCCACCUCUGUUGCCCCGUCCGUGUGAAGUCCAGGUGCAGCGCCGCCAUCUUCUUCCACGGCCACCACUGCCGCAUCAUACUCAAGAGGACGGUCAAGAUUAAAUGGGCGAUUUUUCUCAAAGUGUUGAUGUCGAGAAGCUGAUUUCUUACAGCGACGAUCUCGUUGAAUGUCUCCGGGGCAAGAGGGACAUCGACAGCCUGACGCAGUGUCUAGAACAUUCUAGUGCUCUUCAAUCAAGUUGCGAUGCCGAUUUCGGUGAAGUUCAGAGCUUGGUUCAAGAGUAUCAGAAAAAGAUAGAUGCUUGCAAGCAGAAAACGGAUGAAGCAAAAUCUGAUGCAGCUACAGAUGCAGAAAUAAACUUUCUUGAAAAAGAGUUGGAAGGGGAGCUUCAAAGAGAACAGAUGCUUAGGGAGGAGCUUAGAACCAUCAUCUAUGAGAUUAAUGAUCUAGAGCAUCAAAGGGUUUCUGUUGAAGAACGAAAUCAGAUUGUGAAGAAACUCAAACAAGAUGAUCAGCAAGCAGAGAGCAAGCUUUCAAUGUAUGCUUCCGUCACAAAUAUCAUUCCUAGCUUGGAUGAUGAGCUUAAAAUUUCUGGCCAUAUUGUGGAAAGGAAUAAGAAGGUGGUUGAGAAGUUUGAAUUUGACCCUGCAAAGUUGUCUGUCUUUGAUACAUGUAACCGUAUAUGGAAGAUGAUUGAUAAGUGAGAGUCUCACAUUUCUUUGUUUUAUUGUGUAGUUCAGUGUGUUCAGUUCUUUGUUUUAUUGGUCUCUUCUACUCGAAGACUUAUGUUAUCAGAUGUAAUUUUUAUGUUAUCAGUAUAACAGAAAGUAAAUAAACUGUCUGAUGCUGGUGGUUUAGGAGUGCAGAAUGUGGGAAGUUACUUGGGUUAGUUGAAAAUGUUUUUUACUCAUGUUUCCUCAACUUUGUUUUUGAACUUGUGUUAUGUUGUUAACAAAUAGCAUGAUAUUUCAUAUUUAUGGA